UUCAAUUUUGCAGUCAGUUGUUUGCGAGAACCUUAACCGAACGGACGAACUUCGAGCAUUGGGGUCAGUUGUAGCGGGCCUGUGAACUUUUGUUUAUAUCCAAAAGAAAAGGAAAAAAGAAGACCAAUUGUUUGCCAUCAUUGCCAUCAAUAAUCGGCACUUUGUUUAUUUUUAUAAAUUUCUAAGUAUUUCUAUAGAAAAUAUCUAUCGAAUCCGUGCGUGAAUGUGAAACAGAGAUUCCCCCGGACCCGCCGCUCGAAUCCAAACAAAACAAAACGCUCGCAAAAAGAAUCAAUUUUUUUUGUUACGCCUUUGAUUAGAUUACAUAUCCGUAGGUAGCUGAUUGAAAACACCAACAAAGUUACGAUCAUUUCCACGCUGCGAUCGCGAGUCUUAUCUAUCGGCCAGUUUGGGGAAGGAGUUUCGUCACUAUCGUCGUGCCCGGUGUGUUGUUAGAAUUGAUGGUGUCGUUACCGCUGAUGUUGAUACCGAUGGCGUUGGAGUAGGUGGUAUUUCGAAAAAAUGUUAAAUGGUAUCGAUCUCAUACCAAUCACAGAGACGUCAUUGGCUACCUUGCGUAUAUUUUCGGGAAGAUUGUUUGCCAACGAAAUCUGCAUAGCAGUCCAUCACUAGCCACAGAAGACAAGUAUUUCGCUCCCGAUCAAUGUUUUUCCCAAUAAUCUGUGCAUUACUCAUUGCUGGCAAACGAACGGUAGCAGUAGCAGUAACAGCGACUGAUGGUAUCGAUCUCACAACUGUGCCCCUAUGUUGUUCCAGCGCCGACUGGAAGUUGGCCAGGAUCACAAGUGAUUUGCAGGAAUCCGCUAAGUAUGUGUGCGUUCCGCAGCUCUUUAUUGCGAAUUCGACACAACUACCCUCUGGCCAGAAAGAAGAAAUCCUAAUUUUCGAAAAUUCUUCUCCAGUUUACGGUUUGGGAAUUCGGCAUGGCGAAGACCAUGUGACUAAUUCCAGUACACCAGAGUGUAGUAGUCCGGUAUUUAACAAAUUUGCUAGGAAUCGCAAUGUGGAGAUUGCUGCAGAUGCCUGUGUGAUGGCUGUGCGGGACGAACUUGUGACUGUAUCAUGUCCCCGUGAGGAUCAGCAAUGGCGAACAAUAUCUUUUGCUCAGAAAUGUUGCCCCCACAAUUUCAUAUACGAUGCCGGCCAACGCAAGUGCGUGCAAAGCCCGGAUCCUGUGAACUUUCAGUUGUAUCAGCCAUUUUUCAAGACUGCCGUUGUUUUCAAUGACAACACCAUCGACUGUCCCCGCGACAAAGUCCUCGUCGAGUAUAAACUGACACAGUUUAAGUUUUCCCUUAGCAACGGACGCAUAUACCUUCGGGCGUUGAACAAAAUAUUCGAAUCUUCUCAGUAUUGUGUUGAGGCCAUCGAAAACGCCCCCUAUGUGAUCGAUCAGGAGUUUUUGGUUCGGACCUGUGAUGACAUCGCAUCGACGUGCCACCGAAUGCCCUGCAUCAGGCGUUGUUGUAAUGACGGUGAGAUGUUCACCAAAGGCAAUGCGACUUCGUACUGCAAACGAGACGAGUCGGAUACCACGUUUCACAGCUUUGAAAGUCUCGAUAUAAGUGGGAAUUUUACUAAGCCACCAGUAUUUGGCGUAUUGCGCAGCUUAGACUGUCGAAAGUAUCGCUUGGACCCCGAAGCGUACGCCGAUGAAGCCCAUACUAUUAGCGAACGGGAUGGCUCGCUCCUGGUGGCGUCCACAAAGAAACACUACACCAACAAUCAGUACUGCGUGGAGAAGAUCCGCAAUGCAACGUGGGCCGACCAAAAGUUGUACACAUUUCUUUGCUUCGAUUCGAAAGUUGUGGGCAAUGAUCGGAUACGCUUUAGACUGUACACCAUUGGCCUCUUGAUAUCGUGCGGAUUCUAUGCGGCGACGUUGGUGGUCUACCUCUCGAUUGCCCGACUCAGGAAUCUGCCUGGCAAAAUAUUGAUUUGUCUCGUUAGCAGCCUGUUUACAGCCUAUCUGGGAAUAGCUCUGGGUCAACUGAUGCCAACUCCGAACGAUACGGUUUGUUUUGCAUCGGGAUUCUUUAUUUAUUUCUGUCUGAUGGCCGCCUUUUCUUGGAUGAACGUCACCUGUUUUGAUAUCUGGCAGACAUUCGGGUCAGCAAAGAAGAAGCACAACUUCAAGAGCAACCAAAACAAACGCUUCCUACUAUACUCCCUCUAUGGAUGGGGCUUGCCAACGGUGAUUACGGUCGUGACAGUGACUCUAACCAAAACUGAGGUUCUAAGCGAAAAUUUUCGACCGAAUUUCGGACACGGUCGAUGUUGGUUCACAUACGAUUCAGCUGGUUCUGCGAAUUUAUUAUUUUUCUCUGGUCCCGUUGGUAUACUUUUCCUGAUAAAUCUGAUCCUUUUCAUUCUUACCCUUCGCUAUUGCAAUCGUGUCAAGCGCGAAAUUUUCCGAAUGCAAAGUUCAAAUGUGGAAAAGCCAAUAAUGCGCCGACGUUUCUUUGUGGACAAGGCCCGGUUUGCGAUGAACACAAAACUGUUUGUCGUCAUGGGCAUAACAUGGUUCCUGGAGUUGCUCAGCAUACUCUUCUAUGAUCACAAAAAGAUAUUUUUUUGGGCUAUAAGUGAUUCAUUCAAUGUCCUGCUGGGAGUCUCGGUAUUCUUUAUAUUCGUGUUCAAGAAGCGUGUAUGGCACUCGGUGUUGGAGAGAAUCGGUCUGAGAACAGCAGAUUCUGUAAGGAAUGGCCCGACCGGAACCAUGUCCACAUAUACCCACAACAAUAUAUCGAUGAAUCGCCUCAACGCCAUUGACGGCAAUGCGUCACUGUUGAGCCCAAAUGCAGCGCGACGCGUGCCGACAAUGUGAAUGUCUCUACCGCGCAACGCUUUUGUAAAUAGUGAAAACCACAUACUCGUACAUGCAUAUAUACCUCUCAUGAUUUCUAAGUCGCAUAUUAAUAUAGAUCCUUGAUGUAUUUCGUUUUAAUAAUUUUAAAAAGCAUUUUCAUAUUUCCUUUACAAAAUAAUUGAUUGAUUGUUAAACUCAUACAUAUGUCCAUUUUUACACCCAUUGCUUCAUGUUAUAUCUCACUCCACCUAUCCCUCUCUCUCUCUUAAAAUAAGUUAAAAUCAGGUUUCAUUUGCUUUUAAGAUAGGAGCUCAUCCAAUAUCGAUUCAAAACUUUUAAUAAAA